AUGGCUCCUUUUGAGAAAUCCAUGGAGAUGAUGCCCUUCAAGCAGAGGAAAUGCCUCGAAACAAGAAAAGAUGAAGUGUUCAGCAUUCGGUCGAAAUUCCCCAACAAACUGCCUGUGAUUGUUGAACGUUACGUCCGUGAAAAGACCCUCCCCCUGUUGGACAAAACUAAGUUCCUGGUUCCCUUCGAGCUCACCUUGGGUCAGUUCAUGUGCCUGCUCAGGAAUAAGAUUGCCUUGGACUCCACUCAGGCUCUGUUCCUCCUGGUGGCAGAGAAGAGCAUGUCCUGCAUGUCUUCCAGCAUGGGGGAGGUUUACUCCCGCUACAGCGACACUGACGGCUUCCUCUACAUCACCUACGCCUCGCAGGAGAUGUUCGGAGCGCCUCAACCAUGGGCCAGGCCGCCCUGCUGA